AGAAAUAUUUUUGUUUAGUACUGAGGUAAGCUUCCUCAAGAUUUCAAUUUUUGUCUUAAAUAUUCUGGAUACUAGCAGGAAUGAACUUUUAAUUACAGCUUUUAAUAAAUGUAUUUGUAUAUUGCCUAUUAGGUGCUUAGUUAACUAAUCAUUUAGCUUAUUCCGCGUAAAAAAUUAUUGGCCUAUUGGUUGCCAGUGCAGCAGUUCAGAAAAUAUACAAGUGCUCGUGCAAGCACACACACACACACACACACACACACACACACACACACACACACACACACACACACACACAAGAGUACACUAGGACUGUUAUGGGGGUUAUAGAACCCAACAUGUAUUUAUGUAUCUAAGUAAUAGUUACUCUGGAAUACCUAAUUAUAUUGAACUGAUGGGGGGUACAACUGCUUUAAUGCUGUCAUAAGGGCAGAUCACUCUUAUGGCUGAAAAAGUCAAUUGAGUCAAGCCGUACUUUUUCAAUAUAAAUAGGCUGUACUAUAUAUACACACACACACAAUUAAAAUAAGUAGUUUAUAAAGUUUGUAUUUAUUUUUGUAAAAGAAAAAUAAGGCGUAGAAACGGGAAAAACAAAAAUGUUGUAGUAGCUAAAUAAUUGGGCUUGUCGACAGUCUUUUGUUUGUUUUGGUGUGUGGAUGGGAGGAGCCUAGCAGGGUCCCUCUCUCUGUCUGACUCUUCUUUGUGGCUCCAAGCUGGUAGGAACUUCUUCUCCUUCUUCUUCUGUCUGGGCAGGAUGUGAGUGCCCCAGAGAACUGAGACUUCCCAUGAAAUCAAGACCAGAAAACAUGAUGAAAACACUCGAACAAUUACUGUACAUAAUUCUUUAAAUGAAUGAAUCUGUGCUUCUGAAAUUAUUUGAUUACUACCAAAUGGUACACUUAUGCUGGGUUGAUCCUCAGAAUGGAAAAGUAUAAAGUUUUGGAAGCCAUAGGCCAAGGGUCCUUUGGUAGAGUGUUCCGAGGAAAAUGCUUGCUUAAUGGGCAAAUCGUGGCUUUGAAAUUUAUACCCAAAAGAAACAAAGUAGAGAGGGAGUUGAAGAGCUUGCGCCGGGAAUGUGAGAUUCAGAGAGGUUUGGCACAUCCAAACAUUGUUCGAAUGGUUGAUUCAUUUGAAACUGAUAAUGAGGUUGUGGCUGUCAGUGAAUAUGUUCCAGGGCAACUUUUCCAGCUUUUAGAAACUAAUGGACCUUUAAAAGAAGAGAGAGUUCAGCAACUUGCUUGCAACUUGGUAUCUGCCAUAUAUUAUUUACAUUCCCAUCGAAUCCUCCAUAGAGAUAUAAAACCACAGAAUAUUCUCCUUUCAGUGACUGGAGAAGCAAAGUUGUGUGACUUUGGUUUUUCUCGAAAAAUGGGGAUCAAUACAUAUGUUCUUACCUCUGUAAAAGGCACACCAUUAUAUAUGGCACCAGAAUUAAUUGAAGAAAAGCCGUAUGACCAUAAUGCCGAUCUUUGGUCUCUAGGAUGCAUUCUGUAUGAGCUUAUAACAGGAAGACCACCAUUUUGUACUACAUCUAUUGUACAGCUUAUCAAGAAGGUAAGGACAGAGCCAGUGUCAUGGCCACAUGGACUGAGUGAAGACUGUUCCAGCUUUCUUCAUGGGUUGCUGGAAAAAAAUCCUGGAAAGAGGUUGACUUGGCCCCAUUUGCUUGAGCAUCCUUGGGUUCAUGAAGGACUGGUGUUUGUUCAGCAGUCUUUAACUGGUAUACCUCUCACAAACCCCUUAACCUUAUCUCAACAACAAGUCAAAGAACAGCAGUGCAAAGAGCUUGUGCAACGAGCUGCUGGCCAGACAAGAAUGCUAGGGAAGCCUAUAAUAACAAGAGAUGUUUCUCCUGUUAAAACAGAUGUUGAAGAGUUAUCUACUAAACCAGCACCAAAUUUACCUGGUGUAAUAAGAAAGAGUUUGACAGUGGAUCCCUGUGUAGUUAAGAGCAUUCAGAGUCAGGAUGAGAGAAUAGAAAAUGUCAUUCUGCCACAAAUAGAUGCAGUCUCUCUGAAAAAGUUUGCAGAGGUUCAGUAUCAAGCUGUUGUGUAUAAUCCUAAGGAUUCUGACACCAGAUCCCCUUCUCCACACCCAGUCAGACAUAGGGAAAGAGAAAAAAUGAUUCAAAUUAACAUAUCGAGCUCGAGCGAGGGAGCCAGUCAGAGCACAGAAGACUUGGCACUUGCUGGAGAUCUGCGUACAACUGUUGUAGAGGUUGAAGUUCACAAAAGUGCAUCUUCUACAGAAUCAGUACCUGAAGUUGCUGGCAUAACAAACUUGGAUACUGAUGCCAGAUGUGUAAUUGGUGCAUCUGUUAGGAAGCUAAGUAGGCUGUCAGAGGAACCUGGAUUCAAGGAGGAGGAUGUAAAAGAUUUUCAGAUGUAUGGUCCCAUGCCUUUAGAAGACCGCAAAGACAGCAUGGUAAACUAUUUAGCAAGCUCCAUUGACUCUUCUAGACGUGGAAGUAGGCCAUCUAAUGGAAUGAUGGAAUUAAUACAGGAAGGGCGACCAAGUUUGCCAAAUAUAAACGAAGAAAGCUUUACUCCAUUUACCCAGGAAAGAGUUUUAACUGUAAUGAGUGGCAAAACUAGUAGUGCAGCAAUAUUCACUCUGCAUAGUUUCAACUCUGAGGACAAGCCAAUUGAAACAGAAGAAUGGUGCAGGUUUUUGGACAAAACUCUUGCAGAUGCUCUUAAUGGAAACUAUAGCAUAUUCUUGGAACAAAGUGAACUGUCAAUGUUCAUCUCUCCACUUAGAAAUCAAACAUGUCCUUUGCAAGUUACAAACAAAAUAACUACAUUAUUGUUGUUACCUUUCACCAUUGAGGACUUAAAGGAUACAAUUGCAGAUGUGAUUAAAGUGUAUCUCGAGUGUAAACUUGUACCAAAUUUGAUAUAUUCUUGUAAAUUAAUAUUCAAGGUAGAAACUCUCAAACCCAAUAGAACAGUCGAGUUUGACAAAGAUCAAAUUGAUACAAUGGGUCAACUCACUAUGCUAAUCUGCCAUCUAGUUCAUCUUGAAAAGGAUUUUCUUCUACAAUUUUGUGACUGUGUUUGUGUAUUGAAUACAGUCAGAGUAAUUGGUAAAAUACUUACCCUGGACAAUGUUCUUCCAGAUUUGGUUGCAGAUAUGUUAGCCAUACUGAACCAGAUUUUAAGGUUAGCUCCAGAGAAUAAAUCAAUUGUUGAGCAGAUCAUUGGGACAAAUAAUUCAGUGAUCCUUCUCUUGGGCACACUUAUUACCCAUAAAGUAGCUCUAGUGCGAGCUAGACUGUGCACUUUCAUUGGAUAUCUAGCAAAGUGCUGUCCCUUAGUCUCUAAGCAGUUUGAAGGUCAGCACAAGUUGAUUUGUGAUCUUAUUAACUUGGAGAGUGACAUUGUGCCUCAAGUAAGAAAGGCAGCUUCCUUUGCUGUUUCCUGUUUGCAGUCUUAUACAGAACUAAUGCCAGAUGACUCCAGUCCAUGAUACGGCACUGUGUGCCACAUACAAGUUUAGCACUUGUUUUUAAAUACCCAGUCCGUGAUUGAGUGCCUUUGUAGGAAGUAAUAAUUUUAGAAAUAUUUGCAAUUAUUACAUUUCAUAUUGUAUUUUUUAUAUCUAUCAGCAAUUGACUGCAGUAAUUAUAAUUUAAUUUUAAA